CGCAGGGGCAGCACGCGGCGCCGUCUCGGACCAGCGACAGUGUCCCGCGCCGCCGGCACCGGUCCCGCCCAGUCAGCUCGCCCGCCCAGGCUCCACAUCGGCAGGGUAGCCUCUGGUGCCAGACCGUUCGACGGGCGACUGGCCUGGCUGGUCUGAUGACCGCGCGGAGACCCGGAUUUCCCGUCAGCUGAGACCCAGAUCUCGCGUCGGCUGAGACCUGAUCUCGCGUCGGCUGAGACCCGGAUCUCGCAUCGGCUGGGACCCGAUCUCGCGUCGGCUGAAACCCGGACCUCGCGUCGGCUGGGACCCGAUCUUGCGUCGGCUGAGACCCGGAUCUCGCGUCGGCUGAGACCUGAUCUCACGUCGGCUGAGACCCGGAUCUCGCGUCGGCUGAGACCCGGAUCUCGCGUCGGCUGAGACCUGAUCUCACGUCGGCUGAGACCCGGAUCUCGUGUCGGCUGAGACCCGAUCUUGCGUCGACUGAGAACCGGACCUCGCGUCGGCUGAGACCUGAUCUCGCAUCGGCUGAGACCCGAUCUCGCGUCGGCUGAGACCCGGAUCUCGCGUCGGCUGAAGCACACCGGGGCCCCCAGGCCGCCGCAGUGUGAUGAACGGCUCCGUACCCUCGCCGACCGGCUCCGUACCCUCGCCGACCGGCUCCGUACCCCCGCCGACCGGCUCUGAUGGCCCGACGACGGUGGAGGUGCCGGAUCUGGCGUACGCCAACGGGAGCGUCAACACCAGCGACGGCAACUCCACCCACUUCGACAACUUUUACUUCUAUGAGGUGGAGCAGCUCACAUUCCUCUGCAUCAUGUUCGCCGUGAUCGUGUGCGCCAACUCGCUCCUGCUGGUCAGCCUGGUGUCGGCCAAGUCGAGGAAGUCCAGGACCAACUUCUUCAUCAUGCACCUGGCACUGGCCGACCUGUCGGUGGGCCUCAUCAGCGUGGUGACGGACGUCGUCUGGAAACUGACCGUCGAGUGGUACGCCGAUGGCAUUACCUGCAAGAUCGUCAAGUAUUUUCAGGUACUGGUGACCUUCUCAUCCACGUACGUGCUGGUGGCGCUCAGCAUCGACCGCUGCGACGCCAUCAUCCACCCGAUGCGCUUCAUCGGCAGCUGGCGCCGGGCCCGGAUGCUGGUGGCCGGGGCGUGGAUGGUCAGCGCCAUCUUCGCCACCCCCAUGCUGGUGCUCUACGACGACGCAGUGUUCGGAGGUAUGAACCAGUGCUGGAUCAAUCUGGGAGAGUCAGACUCCUUCGAGUGGCGGCUGUACCUGACGCUCAUCAGCCUGGCGCUCUUCAUCAUCCCGGCCAUCAUCAUUAUGAGUUGCUACUCCAUCAUCCUGUGCACGCUCUGGAGCAAGGGACGCAUGCUGAAGACUCCGUCCGACAUUGAAGACCGCCGACUGGCGCGCGCCGGCAGCAAGGUCGCCAGAGGUCGCCGCGAGGAGACGGACCUGCGCCGCGCCAGCUCCCGCGGACUCAUACCCAAGGCCAAAAUAAAGACCAUUAAAAUGACGUUCGUCAUUGUGUUCGUUUUCAUCCUAUGCUGGAGCCCCUACAUCGUGUUCGACCUGCUACAAGUGUUCGGACAUCUGCCGCGCACGCAGACCAUGCUCGCUGUGGCCACUUUCAUCCAGAGCUUGGCACCACUCAAUUCAGCCGCAAACCCCAUCAUCUACAUCAUCUUCUCCAACAACGUCUUCAGGAAUCUCAGGCGGCUGGCGGCGGUGGACUGGCUGGCGCGGCGGAUGCCCUGGUGUCCGUGUGGUGACGCCGACCGGCCGCUGACCACCUCCGGCUACCGCUGCGGCACCGACUUCACCACCAUGUCCGAGUCGCGCUCGCGCAGCGCGCACAUCAGGUCUACGCUGCAUCGCACCAGCGUGCCGCGAAACUAUGGUGCUGCCACCUCGGGUCGCUUCAGUGAAGUCAACAUUCGCCGUGGCGGCGCUACGUGUGCGGCGGUGCUGGACAAGACGUCGACGAACGGCUGCGCGCGAGUGUGAGGGUCUGCGCAUUCGGUGCACCGGCGUCGCUGAUGAGGAGGAGCUACCAAUGGCAGACCCGACAAUGCCUGUAAUGCAUUGUUCGUGUCAUCGGAGGAAUUAUCUGAAACCACAUUCGUGCAAUGAACUAUUCGAAAUACGUCAUUUGCGCUGCUUCGUGUGACCGUGUGCCAUGUGUUGCUGCCAUACAUGAUAGAAUAGCCCGAGGUGCCGCACAUUUAUUACACACAGUCAGAG